GGGGUGAGUCGUAACGAAGGCUCAUACCUAUCGCCCAAACCGGACAAACAGUGGUCAGAAGCCGUGUUCGACGAACUGCUCGCCAACUCUCAGAACCAGUUCCACGGACUGGAUCUCCAGGCCGUCAAACACUACUACUUGGGUCGAGUGGCCAACCGGUCAGACCCGGCGGCCAUUCGCACCGCGUUUUACGACUAUUACGGCGACGUCUAUAUCACUUGUCCCACGUAUUUGUUUGCCCAACAACUGGCCAAACAGUCGGCCCCCGCAAGGAGUGUGUAUUUUUACGAGUUAACCUACCAGGGUGAUCGUGUGCUUGGUGGUUGCGACCCGGUGACCAUGGGCAUUUGUCACGGCUCGGAGUUAUCGUUUGUUUUUGGUAUGGAUUACAUGUAUUCCGACAAACCUUUGGAUAAAAAGUUUAGCAAAGAAGUGAUGGACUAUUGGACCAGUUUUGCCAAAACAGGUGUUCCCACAACUGAGCAAAAGUGGCCAAAACUUAAUGAUAAGUCAAUUAUCAAAGACUUGAAUCCAUACGACUUUAGCAAAACACUUGUCCAACCAUUUAAGGAGACGUGCGAUCAGUUUUGGACUAAAUAUUUUGAAUGA